UAGGAGAGGAAGAAGAAAAGUGAGCCAGAGAGAAAUGGCAGAGCAGAACAAGGUGAUCCUAUACGGAACCUGGUUUAGUCCCUACGCUAAGAUGGUGGAAGUCGCCCUCAAAGCGAAGGGUGUACCCUAUGAAUAUGUGGAAGAAGAUUUGUGGAACAAAAGUCCAAUGCUCCUCAAGUUGAAUCCUAUUCAUAAGAAGGUUCCUGUGCUUGUCCACAACGGGAAAGCCAUUGUUGAAUCUCUUGUGAUCAUUGAAUAUAUGGAUGAAACCUGGAAAACUGGCCCUCAACUUCUCCCAGAAGAUCCGUACAAACGAUCCCAAUUUCGUUUCUGGGCUAGCUAUAUGCACCAGGUGUUUGAGGCGUUGACAGAAGUGGUUACAACUAGUGGAGAAGCACAAGAGAAAGCCAUCAAGGAAACGUUUGAGCAAUUAAACUUACUUGAAGAGGGACUAAAGGGUUUGUUCCCAGAAGGCAUUGUCUCAUCAGAUGGUGAAUUUAGCAAUGGGAAACUACUAGAGUUGGUCAUGUUCUCAUGCUUUGGCACAUAUGAAGAAGGUCUGCAAGAAGUUUUUGGCAUAGAUGUUAUAGACCCUGAGAAGACUCCACUGUUAUUUUCCUGCAUAACAGCUCUGAUGGAGAUACCUGCACUGAAAGAGUCGUGUAAUCCUCAUGAAAAGAUGGUGGCCUUCCUCAAGUUCUAUAGAGAAGAUGCCCUCAAGUCUGCUACAGCUUGACCACUAAUUUUCAGUCAAUGACUAUGUACUACUCUGAUUGAGUUUGCUGCAUCUUAUUCUCAGAGGGGU